AUGAGCAUGGACCGAUCUUGGAUUACAGCACCUCGCAUAAGCGAAGCUUAUCAACAUGGGGUUGAAGAGUUUUUGUCAUUUGCCGAAAUACAUUCAGCAACCACAGAUGGCAACUUUUUCUGCCCUUUUGUUAAAUGUGUCAACGGGAGGCGUCAUUCGUUGGAUGACAUUAGAUCGCAUAUGAUAUGUGAUGGCUUUAGCCCGACGUACACAAAGUGGAUAUGGCAUGGUGAGUUGGUUGGUCAUACAGCAACAUGUCCACCUCAUCCGGUUGAGCUACAAAGCGGAGAUCUCAUGGAAGACAUGAUAUGUGAUCUUGGGCAAGAGGGCUUUCGGGAAUGUCAUGCAGAUAUUUACGAUGCUCUUCAAACAGAUGCGCAUAUGCCAUUGUAUGUUGGAUGCAAAAGCUUUACUAGGUUAUCAGCUGUGCUAGCUUUGGUUAACCUAAAGGCUAGAUUCGGGUGGAGUGACAAAAGCUUCACAGAGUUGGUUUUGUUAUUGAAAAAUAUGUUUCCUGAACAUAACAGCUUACCGAAGAGUCACUACGAGGCGAAAAAGAUAUUAUGUCCCGUAGGCUUGGAGUACCAAAGGAUCCAUGCAUGUCCGAAUGAUUGCCUUCUCUACAGAAAUGAGUUUCUGGAUAUGCGAUUCUGCCCCACUUGCGGACUUUCACGGUACAAGGCCAACGAUGGGGAAGGUACUGAAGGUUCAGCCACCGCUAGUAGUCGUCCAACAAAGGUUUGUUGGUAUUUGCCAAUAAUACCUAGGUUGAAGCGGUUGUUUGCGAGUGAACAGGAUUCUAAAUACUUAAGGUGGCAUAUAGAUGAAAGAAGAAUGGAUGGUAUGAUCAGGCACCCCGCUGAUUGUACACAAUGGAAGACAUUUGACUCCUUGUAUCCAUCUUUUGCACAAGAGCCUAGAAACCUAAGGCUUGCGCUUGCCUCAGAUGGAAUGAAUCCCUUUGGUAACUUGACCACCAAUCAUAGUUCGUGGCCGGUAUUAUUAAUGAUUUACAACUUUCCUCCAUGGUUGUCCAUGAAGCGCAAAUAUAUGUUGCUCUCUAUGAUGAUAGCUGGUCCAAAACAACCCGGAAAUGAUAUUGACGUGUACUUGGCUCCUUUGAUAGAAGACUUGACCAAACUGUGGGUUGAUGGGGUUGAAGUGUAUGAUGCAAAUGCUAAACGGUCAUUCAACUUGCGUGCAAUGCUCUUCUGUACGAUUAACGAUUUUCCCGCUUAUGGUAAUUUGAGCGGAUACAGUGUCAAAGGACACCAUGCAUGUCCUAUUUGUGAAAAAAAUACUUGUUACAUCCAACUAACCCAUAGGAAGAAGACAGUGUAUACAAGGCACAGAAGAUUUUUAAGCCGAAAUCACCCAUAUCGGCGUUUGAAGAAGGCGUUUAAUGGAGAUAAUAAGGUUGAAAUAGCUCCUGAACCAUUAUCUGCUCAUGAUGUUUACCAAAGGGUCAGAGACAUAGAAACUACCUUUGGUAAGACACAAAAAAAGGACAUGUCUGCGAAGAACAUUUGGAAAAAAGGUCAAUAUUCUUCGAUCUCCCAUAUUGGUGCAAUCUGGAUCAAGGUUAUUGACCCAUCGCAGUUGGAUAUUUUGGAGAAUGAAGCUGCCAUUAUUGUCUGUGAAUUGGAGAUGUUGUGUGGCCCGGUUUAUUUACGAUGGAUGUAUCCGGUUGAAAGGUUCAUGAAGGUGCUGAAAGGAUACACAAAGAACCAAUAUCGUCCAGAAGCAAGCAUAGUUGAAAGAUAUGUUGCUGAAGAAGCAAUAGAGUUUUCAUCAAAUUAUAUAACUAACGCACAACCAGUCGGUGUUCCUCAAAAUCGGCAUCAACCCUCGAGUCAAGGUAGGGGAACUCGAGGAUUUGAUGUUGUCACCAUGAAUUUGCAAAGGCUGUCCCAAGCGCAACUAUAUGUGUUAAACAACACAGCAGAGGUGAUGUCGUACUUACAUUCUCACAAAAACCAAUUGUCAGCUAAAAACCCAAGAAUGAACAAGAUGAGGUUGUUGCAGGAACAUAAUAGAACUUUUGUCAACUGGUUCAAGCAGUGCAUUUUUGCCGAUGCCACAGCUUCCGAAACCCUCCGACUAUUAGCCCUUGGCCCAAAUCUGAAUGUGCCCACCUGGCAGGGAUAUGAUAUCAAUGGCUAUGCUUUCUACACAAAGUCACAGGAUGAAAGAAGUACCAUGCAGAACAGCGGGGUUAGUGUUGAGGGUGAGGCAGCUCACUUUAGUAGUGUUUCUGAUAACAAUCCCAUUAACGCGUCAAUGUCGUACUACGGAGUCAUUGAAGAUAUAUGGGAGCUGGAUUACGGUCAAUUUAGAGUUCCUGUGUUUAGUUGUCGAUGGGUUCAUGCGAAUACAGGGGUCCGCAAAGACAAAACGGGCUUUACCUUAGUUGACCUAAAAAAAGGUGGUUACAAUGAUGAGCCAUUUAUAAUGGCAGUGCAGGCCAGGCAAGUUUUUUAUGUUGAAGAUCCGUCUGACCCUACUUGGUCCGUGGUUAUACAAGGCAGAAAAUUUGAUAUGACCGACUAUAGUCAUUAUGCACCCUUUGAUGUGACUGAUAUGCCACCUGUCAAUGACCAAAUACCUGUGAUUGAGGCCACCGACGAAGAUGAUGUUGAACAUGCAAUGAGACAUGACCAUCAUGAAGGGCUAUGGGAAAAUAACGACACCUAA